CCCUCUAUUCCCUCUUUCCUAGACAUGAAGGCUUCUGAGAUGCUCGCUGUACUGUUUGUUUUGGUGUAUUCAAGGAGUUACACAACUCUUGCAGAUCACCUUUUGACUGAAUCUCCCCCAGAAAAUGGUGAAGGCGAGGAGGUCACUUUACAGUGUAGAUGUGAGAACACCAUUGCCUGUGUAAACAACACCUGCUGGGACCGUAUCUGCUUCUACAGUUCGAUCUAUGAGCGAGUAGUCAUUGGCUGUUUUCACACCAUGGAGCAGUGCCAUGUGCCUAAUAUACCUGGAGUGUAUACCAAGUGCUGCACCUCUGCACACCUCUGCAAUGCAAACAUCAGUGUGCCUGAAAAAACAGUGUGUCUGUUUCCAGUGGAAAAGCCCAUCAGCAUGAUUCUGCUGGUGGGAGUGCCACUGUUGGUGCUGCUGGUGUUGUCGAUGGCAGCCUGUGGGCUCGUGUUGUGGCUACGUAUGAGGCGACAGCACCACCAGCUGGUGGAGCACGACACCUCCAUGCUCAAAGUCCCCAGUGGAGGGGACCCAACAUAUGGGGACAUAUUUGAUGAGUUUUGUACGUCAGGCAGUGGGACCGGCCUGCCUUAUCUGGUGCAGAGGACCAUGGCGCGACAGAUCUCUCUGGUUGAGUGUGUUGGUAAAGGGCGUUAUGGAGAGGUAUGGAGAGGCACCUGGAUGGGAGAGAGUGUGGCUGUCAAGAUUUUCUCCUCUCGGGAUGAACAGUCCUGGUUUAGAGAGACUGAGAUCUACAACACAGUCCAACUAAGGCAUGAAAACAUCUUGGGCUUCAUAGCUUCAGACAUGACGUCGAAAAACUCCAGCACUCAGCUGUGGCUGGUCACACACUUCCAUGAGCUGGGCUCCCUCUAUGACUUCCUGCAGUAUAGCACGCUGGACCCCGAGGGCUGCCUGCGCGUGUGCCUUUCUAUCGCUAGCGGCCUUGUGCACCUCCACACAGAGAUCCUCAGUAUGCAGGGCAAACCGGCCAUUGCACACCGAGACCUGAAGAGCCGCAACAUUCUGAUGAAGAGAAAUGGGCAGUGCUGCAUCGCAGACCUGGGCCUGGCUGUCAUUCACUCUCAGUCUUACGAUUAUCUGGAUGUGGGCAACAACCCGAGGGUGGGCACCAAGCGUUAUAUGGCACCAGAGGUUUUGGAUGAGAGUAUUCGUGUUGACGUUUUUGAGUCUUACAAACAAAGUGACAUCUGGGCCCUAGGUCUCGUCUUGUGGGAGAUAACUCGUCGAACUAUUGUAAAUGGGAUUGUGGAGGAGUACAGACCGCCGUUUUUUGACGUGGUGCCCUCUGACCCCAGUUUCGAGGAGAUGAAGAAAGUGGUGUGUGUGGACCAACACAGGCCCAGUCUCCACAAUCGGCUACACUCUCAUCCGAUCCUGUCUGCAUUUGCGAAGAUUAUGAAAGAGUGCUGGUUCCAAAGCCCUUCCGCUCGACUCACUGCUCUGCGUGUGCGAAAGACCCUCUCCAAACUGGACCAAGACCAUGACUACGACAUCGCCAAGCUCAAACUGGACCUCUAGAAUAAACUGCCAUGCAUAGCCAAAGAAGUUGAAUUCUAAUGGACCCACAUGACACAUUCAUCCAUCUGAGUACUUUUAGACUCUUUUAAUGUGCCUUUCAAGCUUCUUGUCUUAAAUCUACAAUGAACAUGGCUUAUCUUAUCAAGACAUUAGUUCACUGUGGGAAGUUGAGGCUAUUACUGCACUGUUUCUCCUCAAAUAUAUAUCCCCACGAAUGCUUUUCCAGGACCUGCUUAUUUCAACACAGUGACUCAUUUCUUACUGAAAUUAAAAGAA